CCAUAGCAGCACAUGUGAGAUUAUGUUCUCCUUAAAAAUGAUUUUGAUUUUUGCUGUGUGCCUGACUAUCUGCUGUCAAAUUCGUUCGACUUCGGCUUGGGGAUACACCACGAUAGAAACGCUCAUGAGAAGAAUUAAAGCAUUUUUAUACAAAGUGAAAAAAUUGGAUAGCCGACUGACAAUCCCAAAAGCCGCCGAAAAAGAUUUCAAAAACAUCAAAUACAAAGACGGUUUAUUCUGGAGCAUUAAAAGCAACAAAACAUACCUAAAGGAAUUUAGAACAGAGUAUGGCAAAUUGAGGACAUGCACUAUAAACGUAAUAAAUUCUUUGAGAAACCAAAUGGAUAAGAUCGAACUCAAUGGCCACUGGGUAGGGAAACAAUCUAGAAGAAUUAAAAUCUGCAAUUAUUACGUAAAAAAAUUUUCCACCAAACUGGCCAUCAAAGGAGCGGGAGCAAAAGAUCCGACAAUUGCACAAAUAGAUAAAGACUUAAAAACUAGUCUAUACAACUUAUACGUCAAGAUAAACAAUAUGGCGGUAAAUUGUAAGUGUGAAUUUCGUAAUUUUCGAACAGAAAAAUCGUCGUACUUCAAUCUUAAUGUUUCACUUUCAACUUGCAGAUGAUAACGCCAAACAAGAAACAAGUACAAGUUGCAGUUUUUUUUUCUGUUUUAUACCAUUACCUAUUUAAUUAUUAGAUAAUAUUGUAUAAAAACGCAAAUCGUAAGAUUAAAU